AUGGAAAUAAAUAAGUGUUCUUCUUUCAAUGGAACGAUUGAUGAUGACUAUGAGACCAUCGAGAAGGGCAGAUAUUGGCUAUAUGUUUCAUUAGGUUGUCCCUUUGCUCAUCGGGCAUUAAUUGCUAGGUCCCUACUAGGGUUGAACGAUUUAAUUGGAAUUAGUGUUGUACAUUGGCAUUUAGAACCAUCCAAGAGUUGGGAAUUAUUCGUACCACCAAAUAAUGACACGGUUAGUGAUGAAGAUACUAGGAGAUCAUUAACAGAUUCUGAAAUCAAUAUUGAAAGUAAGAAUGAACAAGGGCAAGAACAAGCAAAGUGGAAGAUCGAUGAUAGAUUUUUCCAAGUGGAUGGUGGUAUAAUCACAACAAGAUGCAAUGAAUCAGCUUCUUCAUUUGCUGAUAUUAAAGUUGAUGAUAAACGUGAAUGGUUUGAUUUCACGUAUGAUCCUAUUGAAAAUGUUCAUUAUUUAAGAGAAUUGUAUGAUAAAUCUGAGAAAUAUUAUGAUUGUAAAUAUACUGGUAGAAUCACUGUUCCUGUUUUAUGGGAUUCUCAAAGGAAAACUAUUAUUAAUAAUGAAUCAUCUGAAAUUAUUCGAAUUUUCAAUUCAAUAAAUCAGAAAAGACCAGAGAAUAAUCGUAUUGGUUAUGAUUUAUAUCCAAAUAAGUUACAUGAUGAAAUCGAUGAUUUGAAUUCUUGGAUUUAUGAAAAUGUCAAUACGGGAGUUUAUAAAGCAGGAUUUACUGAUGAUCCCCAGGUAUAUGAAAGGAUAGUUUUAAACUUAUUUAAAUAUCUAGAUAAAAUUGAAGCUAUUCUUUCCAAAAAUUAUAGUAAAUUGGAAGAGAGAUAUUCGAGAGAUAAGGAUUCUAAUGAUGAAAUUAUGAAAAGAUAUUAUAUGGUUGGAGAAGAAAUAACGGAAGUUGAUAUUAGAUUAUAUCCUACAAUAAUUCGAUUUGACACAGUGUAUUAUCAACAUUUCAAAUGUAAUUUGAAAAUGAUUCGUUCUAAUGAAUAUAAAUAUCUUAAUCUUUGGUUAAAGAAUCUUUAUUGGAAUUCUGAAUUUGAAGCAUUUAGAAUGACAACAAAUUUUGAUCAUUUAAAAUUAGGUUAUACAAGAUCACAGCCAAAGAUAAAUCCUCUUGGUAUAACACCAUUAGGACCCAAGCCAGAUAUUGAACCAUUAUAA